CACAUUUUCUUCUACUCUCUUUAACGCGUUUAAAUAUGGACAAGAAAAAUUCUCAAGUUGAAAGACCUGUUGUCUUUUUUGAUAUUUCUAUCGGGGAUGUGCCUGUUGGCAGAAUGAAGAUGGAGUUGUUCUCUGAUAUUUGUCCCAGAACAGCUGAAAACUUUAGACAAUUAUGUACAGGAGAACACAAGAGAAAUGGUCAACCUCAAGGCUACAAGAACAGUUUAUUUCAUAGAGUCAUUAAAGAUUUCAUGGUUCAAGGAGGUGAUUUUUUGAAAGGUGAUGGUACUGGAUCCAUGAGUAUCUUUGGAGACAAAUUUGCAGAUGAAAACUUUAUUGAAAAGCACAGUGGAGCUGGUUUGUUAUCCAUGGCUAAUUCUGGUCCAAACACCAAUGGUUGCCAAUUCUUUAUUACCUGUGAUGCUUGUGACUUUUUAGAUGGUAAACAUGUUGUGUUUGGUCGUCUUGUUGAUGGUUUAUUGACAUUGCGUAAAAUUGAAAAUGUCUCUACGGGUCCAAACAACCGCCCCAAGUUGCCCGUUAAAAUCACUGAAUGUGGUCAAAUGUAAUCAUGUAUCAAAUAAAUUUUAUUAUUGCAUUCCUGGAGGAUGUUGUCCAUUUUGCUGCUGUUGUUGUUGCUGUUGCUGUUGCUGUUGUUGCCGAGCUAAAAAAAUUCUUUGCUGUAAAUCUCGAACAGCAUUAGGCUG